AUUACACAAACUCAUACCUUCAAUCUUCACCAUGAAGGGUUCCACCCAAGUAGCUCCAUUGUUUGUGGUUGCCAUCGUGUCACUUUUUCUCUUGUUUGUACCUUCCACGGACGCUGUGUUGUCUUGCAACGCAGUCAUCCAGACUGUAGCACCCUGUGUCAAUUACCUCAUAAAUGGGAGCGAGAUGCCCUCAUCUGCUUGUUGUUCGGGUGUUAGGGCUCUUGUGACAGCCACCAACACCACAGCUGAUAGGCAAGCUGCUUGUAGUUGUCUUGAGUCGACUUCACAAAACCUGAACCUGAAUCUUACACUAGUUGCAUCAAUUCCGACGAAUUGUGGGAUCAAUUUGGGAUUCACCAUUUCACCUGACGUUGAUUGCACCACUAUCACUUGAAGUCUUGAAGCUAACGGAUGGGAGAUACCUCUACAUGGAGCAAGAGUCAACUGAGUCUUGAUAUGCAUCUAGAGUUUAUGUUCAUUUUUACCAGUUUUUAUAUAAUAAGUGUUGUUUGCGCUACUCAUUUGGGGUUAACACACAAUCGGGGAUUUGUGUACUACAUCACAUAUACUUUAUGUUUAUGUAAUGUUUUUCUUUUUCGAUGUUCAAUCUAUUUGAAUGAUAUAUGGUUGGUUUAAUGGGA